CUGAUAAAGUAUUUGAUAAGAAAUUUCAAUCUAGCGCGUUUUUUGGUAUUUUAAAAAAAGUUGAGUUUUUGUUCUAAAUUCGUGAUGCUAAAUGCAUUAUCGAGAAGAUUAAUACGAGGUUUUGGUAAAACAUUACACGCGAAUGCUAAAACAAUGUCUCAAAAAUCUAUCACAUCAUUCUUCCAAAGACAAACUCCCAAAACUCCAACAGCUAUAGCAGUAAAUUCAUCUUGCGCUGCUUCUACAACCACAACAGAAAAAAAGGAAUCCUCGCCUGUUAAGACAAAUGGCAGCUCAGAAAUUACCGAUAAAAUUACUCCGCCUGAGAAUCAGAAAAAGAGAAAACGUAUUAAUGUAGGAUCUGAAAGUGAAGAUGAAACGAUUGAUGAAGUCAGAGAGGAGUCUGGUAAAGAUGCCAAUAAAUGCAUUGAUAAAGAUGUCAAUGAAGGCGCCGAUAAAUAUGCCAAGAAAGACGUGGAUAAAGAUGCCAAGAAAGACACUGAUAAAAAUGCCAAGGAUGACAUUGAUAAAGAUGUUGUAAAAGAGGUUGAGAAAGAAAUCAAAUGUGAACCUAAAACAGAACUUAAAACCUUGAGUUUCUUAGCUGGCAAAAAGCGACCUAGUAAAACUCCCAGAAAACCCGCUGCAAAAAAUACAAAAACAAAAGAAAAUAAAGAAAUGGACAACGAAACACCUGUGAAACCACAAAAACCUGCGAAAAAUGAGAAAAAAGCUAAAACAGAAAAAAAAUCGGAUGAAGACACGCCCGCUGACAAAAAAACUGAGGCCGAGGAAAAUAAACCUACUAAAAAAGUGGCCAAUGGAAAUAUGUUUUUCACCAAUAAAACAUCAUCUGAAAAUGAAUCCAUUUUGGAAUAUUUCCCAGAUAAAAGCAAUUAUCAUCCUGUAGAAGAUGCUCCGUGGAAGCAUAGAGAACGUGUUCCAUAUUUAGCAUUAGCUAAAACGCUGAAGAAAAUAGAAGAAACCAGCGCCAGAUUAAAAAUCAUCGAAAUAUUGUCCAAUUACUUGAGAUCAGUGAUAGUUCUAAGCGAGGAUGACUUUUUACCUAGUAUUUAUUUGUGUUUGAAUUCAUUAGCUCCAGCGUAUGAAGGACUAGAGCUUGGUAUCGCUGAUAUGUAUUUAAUGAAGGCCAUCGCCCAGUGCACAGGCCGUGCUGUUCACCAAAUCAAAGCAGAUGUUGCAGUGACUGGUGAUUUGGGAAUUGUCGCAGAGCAAAGUCGGUCUAAACAAAUAAUUAUGCAUCGUCCAGCUCCACUCACGGUUCAGUCCGUUUUCAAUCAGUUGACCGCCAUCGCUAAAAUUUCUGGAAAUCAAGCUAUGAAGAAAAAAGUCGAAAAAAUUGAAGCCCUAUUUGUUGCUUGCCGAGAUUGCGAAGCACGUUUUGUAACCAGAUCAUUGGCUGGAAAAAUGAGGAUUGGUUUAGCCGAGCAGUCUGUUUUACAAGCUAUUGCUUUGGCAUGCACUACAACGCCCACCAAUCAAUCGUAUCCUCCUGAGAUUCUAAGUGCUGCAAAAGGUAUUUCUGCCGAUGAAUUCAAGAAGAAAGUUGAUGAAGAGGCUCUUGUUUUGAAAACCACAUUUUGCGAAUGCCCCAAUUAUAACAUGAUAAUUCCAGUAAUUUUGAAAAAAGGUAUCAGAGCUUUACCGGAAGAAUGUAAAAUUACUCCUGGUUUACCGGUUAAACCGAUGUUAGCGCAGCCCACGAAAGGAGCACGCGAAGUUCUGGAAAGAUUUGAAGGAAUGAAAUUCACUUGCGAAUGGAAAUAUGACGGAGAACGCGCACAGAUUCAUUUGAUGGAAGAUGGAAGGAUAAAAAUAUACAGUCGGAAUCAAGAAGACAAUACGUCGAAAUAUCCCGACAUCAUUUCAAAUAUCAAACUAACAGUGAAAUCCGAUGUAAAAUCUUUCAUCUUAGAUACCGAAGCAGUUGCUUGGGAUCGUGAUCAGAAAAAAAUUAUGCCUUUCCAAGUGCUGAGCACUCGAAAACGAAAGGAUGCUGACGAAAACGAGAUAAAAGUUUCAGUCUGCGUAUUUAUGUUCGAUCUAUUGUAUUUAAAUGGAGAAUCACUUGUUCAAAAACCUUUGAUAGAACGUCGUCAAUUAUUGAAAAACCACUUCGUAGAGGUGGAAGGCAAAUUUGUGUAUGUCAUAGCUCUGGAUACGAAUACGAUGGAGGAAGUUCAAGAAUGUUUAGAGGAAUCCGUGAAAGGUAACUGCGAAGGACUGAUGGUGAAAACAUUGGAUACCGAAGCUACUUACGAAAUAGCCAAAAGGUCACGAAAUUGGUUAAAACUGAAAAAAGAUUACCUAGAAGGUGUGGGGGACACUUUGGAUUUAGUGGUCAUCGGUGGGUACUCUGGUAAAGGUAAAAGAACCGGUAAUUAUGGCGGUUUCUUACUCGCUUCCUAUGAUGAAGAGAACGAAGAAUAUCAGGCCAUUUGUAAGAUCGGUACCGGAUUCAGUGACGAGAUAUUAGCUCAACACACUAAAUUCCUGAAGGAGCAUAUUAUUGAAGAAGCUAAACCAUAUUACCGAUGCGAUGCUAGUUUAAAACCUGAUCAUUGGUUCGAUGCGGCGCAAGUAUGGGAAGUCAAAUGUGCUGAUUUAUCUUUAUCGCCUGUAUAUUCUGCUGCGAUCGGUUUGGUUGAUCCUGAAAAAGGCGUUUCUCUCAGAUUUCCCAGAUUUUUGAGAAUACGUGACGAUAAAAAUGUCGAGCAAGCUACAAAUGCUCAACAAGUCGCCGAAUUGUAUAAAAAUCAGGAUCAAAUCAAAAAUCAAGGUACUACAAGCGCUUUCAAUGAUGAAGAUUUCUAAUAUUUUCACUUGUAUAUGCUUUGGAAAGAUUUCAAUUGAUUUGUAUGUAAGUUAAAUGUCGAUUUAUUUGAUUGUAUUUGUGAAUAUGUUCCACUGAAAAAUCAACCUAAGUUAUUGUCUUGUAAGACUGAUCAGUCUGUAUUUAUUUUCUUAAUAUUUUAAAUAUACAAUUAUACAUCAGUU